AAACAUUGGUGAGAUUUUUAUUUGUAGUUGCGAACAGUAGAAGUCACUACUUCUUCAAUUCUAUGGCAAUGGCUACUUCUACUUCCUUCUCACAAUUCAAUCUAAUCUCUAAGCUUCAACACACUUGUCGUCUAUCGACAUCUCCUAUUGGUUACCCCAAGCCUCAAUGGAGGAGGAAGAAGAAGAGAACCGCGAUGGUGGCACGCCACAGGUUUUCUUCAUGGCGAGGAGGCGGCGGCGGCAGAUUCAUAGAAGCGGAGGAGGACGACGACGAAGCCCGGUUCGAAUAUGCGGUGGCGCUUUUCAAUAGGAUGGAAUACUACAAAUGCCAUGACGUUCUGGAAGCUCUAUGGCACUCCUCGGAUGACCCUUCUCGAACCCUUUUUCACGCCAUUCUGCAAUGCGCUGUCGGCUUCCAUCACCUCUUCAAUCAGAAUCACAAAGGUGCGAUGAUGGAGUUGGGAGAGGGGCUGUGUAAACUUCGAAAAAUGAGAUUUGAGAGCGGACCAUUUCACCAGUUCGAGAAGGAAAUCUCUGCCGCUUUGGAUUUCAUAUACCAAACUCAAUUAGAACUUGCUGCCUGUUCUGAAGACCUGUGUCUUGCAAUGGAUCAAUCUGAGAUAUCCUACCAGCUUCUUGGUGGAUAUGCUGCCGGGCAACAACUUUAUAUCCUGGUUAGAGACGAUGAUGGAAACUACCUUGUAUUCUGUCAUGACAGAUACAUCACUGCUGGUCAAAAUCCAAGGAUAAAAGUCCCAAUCUUAAUGGCUUCUGAGGAGCAUCUAAUGGAGUUGGAGUGCAUAUGACUCAAUUGCAUUGCCUUAUACAUGAAGGCGUACAUCUCUCAAACCCGGCCACUUCGGUUUUUAAUAGGAUCUAAGGAAUGUUGUGAGUACAUAGCAAGUAAUUAUGCAGUAUAGUUAAGCCCAGCAAUACUUGUGCUUUCUUAGUAUGCACAUAAUUGUUGUUGAACACAAGAAAACCAGUAAUACAUACCACGCAUUUUAUAUGGUCUCUUCCAAGAUGUUUGGUCGAAUAAUUCUAAUGCCACUAUAAUGUAAUUACAUUUCAUAUAUUUUACUAAAUGAAUUCGUACUUUUAACA